AUGUGGCAAGUGAUUGCUUUUCUAGUGGCAGGAUGCUUCCAUAUCUCCUCAGCAAAUUUAACACCAGUGGUGGAUCCAAUUUGCAUGAACAAGUAUCUUAUAACUUAUAUGACACCGAAAUUAUGGGAUAAGACAUUCGGCAACAAUGAAACCGCCUUAUCUCUCGGGCGUAUUAUGAACGUGGGCGAUGAAAUGUCAUGCUACGUGUACAACAAUCUGACCAGCUCUUUCAAUGUAUCCAAUCAGGUAGACGAGGAAUAUUUAGGCGAUCAUUUAGCAUCAAUAUUGGAAACUGGUGUCGACAUUAUAAUAAAUUCAAUCACGGAGUGUUUAAGAAACUUUAGAGGAUUUUGGAAUUAUGAGUAUUGCCCAAAUGGUACUUUAGUACAAUUUCACGGUGAUCCUAAGACAUCGUCGUUAUAUUAUGUGUUAGCGGGCAUGAGAACAUUAGGAAGCAAUAGAGAGUUUAGACUCUUACAUAACGACUUCGGGUAUUAUAUCACUGAAACAGUAAGUUCCGGCGAUAUUUGUGACAUGACAGGUCAGCCGCGAGUGGUCAACUUGCAGUAUGUAUGUGGACCCGCUGCGGGAUCUGCGGGCAUUCAAUGGGUGCGGGAACAUAAGACGUGUCAUUACGAGGUUCAAAUCGCUGUGCAAUCCCUAUGCAAACUUGAACUUUUAUCAACUACAGGGGACAAGAAGUUUUCAACGCCUUUGAUUUGCUCAAAGGAAAGCCGCCAAAUAAAAGAUGUUCUUCACACAAUUGCAGAGUUUGAACCUACUUUCAUGGGUAAUGAAUUGUAUUUUCUUAGACCAUGUAAUCCAAUAAAUCAAACAGAGAGAACUUCUUUAGUGUAUUCUGGUCAGCUAAUUAUCGAAGGAAAGCCGAGUGAAAAGGAGACAGAGAUAGUUAGGAUGAGGUUCAAAAAGGCAAUUGGAAGAAUGCUAAUACAGGAGCUUAUUUUGCUGCCAGAUGGAUCUCCUUUACAAAAUGGUGACGAAAUUUCCUGGUUCUCAGAGGUAGUGGACUUGAAGGGGAAUUUUUUAACUACGGUCCAUUUCACUAUUAAUUCAUCAUCGAUUCCUCAUAUUACUUUCGAUCCAUAUUUUGAUACCAAGGGCAAGGGGAAUGUUUUGUCCUAUAAAAAAAAUGAUAAGCCCGAUGAAAAGCCUUUCAAUCUGCAGAACAAUGAAAUGACUUUUGAAUCACAACUAUCGCUUGACUUCAAAGACAAGUUCAAGUUUGUUCUUAUUCAUGAGAAGAUUGACUCAGGGGAGCAGCUCGUCCUGGAUGAGACUGACUAUAUAUUGGAGGAUGUACUGUCUGCAGAACAAAUUGCUGAACUUCUAGUGAAGCUAGAAAGUGAGCAGCAAACGAACAAUCGAGCGGAGAAGAACAAAGAGGAUAAAACACCGGAAUCCAGAAUGAAAGAUGAUACAAGUAACGAAGAGACUACGAAAGGCGAGAAAGAUGAGCAGGUCUCGGGUGAUGAAGAUAUCACGAAUCCGAAAGAAAAUGCAGACCCAAUAGUUGAAGAGAAAGCUGGAAAUAUCCAUGAUGAACUGUAA